GCAGAUUCUGGCAAUGGACCAGUGUUUCCACACAGCACAACAGUCGUAUUCAGGGACUCCACAGGAGGAUGGUUUUGCAGGACCCUCUGUAGAGUCUGACAGGAUAGAGUCAUCUCUUCAUAGUAUCCAGAAAUUUGUUCCUACAGACUAUGCCAGCUACACACAAGAGCAUUAUCAGUUUGCAGGCAAGAAGAUCAUCAUCCAAGAAUCCAUUGAGAACUACGGCACGGUGGUGUGGCCAGGGGCUACAGUUUUGUGCCAAUAUUUGGAAGACCAUACAGAGGAAUUAAAUCUCCAAGACGCUAAAAUACUUGAAAUUGGUGCUGGACCAGGCCUUGUUUCCAUUGUGGCCAGUCUUUUAGGAGCUCAAGUCACGGCAACAGAUCUGCCUGAUGUUCUAGGAAAUCUUCAAUACAAUCUUUUAAAAAACACACUGGAAUGCACAGCUCAUCUACCUGAAGUGAAAGAACUCGUAUGGGGGGAAGACCUGGACCAGAAAUUUCCCAAGUCAAACUUUUAUUACGAUUACAUCCUGGCCUCUGAUGUGGUCUACCACCACUACUUUCUGGAUAAGCUACUCGCUACCAUGGUGUAUCUUUCCCAGCCAGGCACUGUGGUGCUUUGGGCAAACAAAUUCAGAUUCAGCACUGAUUAUGACUUUUUAGAUAAGUUCAAGCAAGUUUUUGAUACCACUCUCAUGGCUGAACAUUCAGAGUCAUCAGUCAAACUUUUUAAAGGGAUACUAAAAUUUGACUGACAUAUAAAGAGCCUGUCAAAGUAUCAGUGUCUUGUGAGCUAUCAGAAGGUACACCAUACCAUAUUGGUAUAGCUAGAAAAAGUGCAACUCAAUAAGACAAUUUUCCAAGAUGAUAAAAUUACAUGGUCAGUCUAAGUGUCUAGAGAGAGCAACACCGAAACAUGAAAGCAGUCUUGCUAACUCCCCAAGAACCUUAGUUGAGUGCUUAAAACAUUUUACACAAAGAAGUUAAUGAACAAGUAGGUUCCUCCUUGUUUCUGCUAUAGUGCCUGGAUUUUACAAGUGCCAAUGUGCUUUUGUCAUAAUUAUGGACACGGAACUUGACUGAGUCUGUGUAGCCCAGGGCAACUUUGAAAUAGAUAUGCACCUGCCCUAGUUUCCUGAUUACAGGUGUGUGCCACAGUGACUGGCAUACUGUGGCUAAGACAUUCUUAUGGACUGUAGUAGGGAGAGGGUAACACUGACUAAAGGUGAAAAACAGGGAAACUGCAGGAAACAGGUAUCUUAAGAACCUCUCUUGAGGUGUUAGAGAGACGGCUUGGCAGUUAAGAGUACUUGGUAUGCAAUCAUGAGACUGGAGUACAGAUCUUAGUGCCCAUAUAACAAGCUGGUGUUUAGUAAACAGUGCUUCACAGCCAUAUAGCAACCAUUGAAUCUUACCCAAUUUCACAGA